GUAGUGGUGGUGCGGCCCGCAAUACCGUUGCGAGUACAGCGAUUUCCUUACGUGGAAACCUCCAAAUUGUGUCCGUCGGUUCCCCGCCAAUGAGCCAUCUGUAGCUUCGGAGAAAUGUCAUCUGAACAGAACUUCAACCAACCCUCGAAUGCGUCAUCAAAUGUAUUGCAUCCCGUGAUGCCUUACGAGAACCCGAAUCACGCCAAGGACCACCUCGAAACAUUUUGGGUUCGAACCGUCAACGAAUUAUUGAAUCUCAACUUCAGCGAUGCGAAACCACCUGAGCUGCCUCUGGCGCGAAUCAAGAAGAUAAUGAAACUCGACGAAGACGUGAAGAUGAUCAGCGCAGAAGCCCCGAUUUUGUUCGCGAAAGCAGCGGAGCUCUUCAUCAUGGAACUCACUCUCAGAGCCUGGAUCCAUACUGAGGACAAUAAGAGGCGGACGUUGCAGAGAAAUGACAUCGCGAUGGCAAUAUCUAAAUUCGAUAUGUUCGACUUCCUCAUAGACAUUGUUCCCAGAGAGGAACAGAAGCCACCCCCACCGACCUCGACGAGUCAGGGUACCGUCGCUAAAACUGUGGCGCAACCGGCAGCAAAGGAGGAGGUCAUUAAGUCAGCGGCAACUGUGAAUACCAAUGAUCAGGUUCAAUAUCUUCUCCAACUUGCGGCUCAGCAAGGUGCCAUCAAUCAGCUUCAAACUCAACAGUCAACUCUGACAACGGCGGGCGGCCAACAAAUUCAGAUCAUACCCGCAGGGGGCGGCGCUCCGCAAACGAUUCAACUCGCCACAACUGCUCAUCAAAAUUUCCUCGCACCCCAGGUGGUUCAAGUGCAGUCUCUAGACGGGACCCAGACAUUGGUCCAAUCGGGGGUGGCCGGUGGUCAGGUCAUGCAGAUACCUCAGGUCAUACAGCAGCAAGCAUCGGCCACUGGUCAGCAGCAGCAUAUUCAGCUCGUCCCCCAGGUUAUCGGUGAUCAACUUCAACAGUUGCCCUUGCAAGCGCAAAUCGGGGCGAAUGGGCAGUUCCAACUCGUGAGGGUUGCGAACCAGACAGCGAACGGUCACGGACAACCGAUCAUUAUCCAAGCGGCUCAACAGGCCUCAGCGCACUCCCAACAGCAAGCCAUCUACCUACCGAACGGUCAACAAGUCCUUCUUCAACCAGGCACCACCAUCCAACAAGCGCUGCAUGGCGAGGAAGAAUCGACCGUGACUGUAGGUCACUAGCGGCUCAAUGCGGCAACCCUAUACCGGAUCCACCACGGACACACAGAAUGGUGCUCCUCGAAGUAGACUCCGGACGGUGGUCCUGUUGCUUUCCGUAUCGAUCGAUCGACGUAUUGCCGGAGGACUUCAGAAGUUCAUCCGUGAGCAAGGUUCUGUGAAUCGAACCUCCUCACUGUGAAUCGCGAAUUACGCGACCCAAGAGCGAGAGUAUUGAUCGACUACGGAAAGGAGCUCGGGAAGCGCUGUUCUUCUCCUGGUAUUCUGCGGUACUUCUGACGGUCCGAAUUCGGAUCGAUGAUCCUACGUAAAGGAUUGCGUUCUACUUCGCGAGGGAACUUUUCAUAUAUCGAUCGGUCACGAGACCCCGGUUCCGAAGAAUUUGCUGGGAGAACACUCGCUGUAUGCGAGAUAUAAGUUUCUGAAAUUUGACGUUGGGACUCCCACUUCCCGCUUGGGAAAACAGCAGGUUCAAAUGCAACAAG